UUGCAUUCUUUGUCUUGUCGAUAUUCUUGUCUUGCAUUUAUUCCGUUUGCUACACUCCCCAAGAGCUAGGCCCAGGCCAAUAACGAAUUUCACAACCGUAAACCCGUCAUUCGAUACAUCACCCCUUUAAUCGAGCCCAGCCGGCUGCGUACAAAAUCUGUCCGCAAUCUCUCACCACCCGAGACUCGAUAUUCUACGUGUACUAUGUACCGUAUACGUCGAUAGUCUAUUUCCAGACCUGUCGUCCACCAAGCCAGACCGUCAUCAUCUCGGCCUCUUCUGACAGCGCGACAAAUCUCAAAUUCUUUUGACGCGCCUCCUGCCAUCAUCCCUCAUCCCUCAGGUCCUCCCUUGACUCGAGUACCUCUCUUACACAGAGACGCCAUCAGUCAACGCGGUAUCUCUGUACAACUCGAGGUCUCCUCUCUCUCACCCUAUUGGGAAGAAGGAAAGCAGUCCAAGUACUGUUCUAUCAUACCACACAAUGCAUUCAACCACAUCAACAUCAAAUUCGGCGCCUUGCGACAUGGGUCGCGGAGGAUAUGACACGACUGGCGUGCCCAAGCCCAAACCGCCUGCCAAAUGAGACUAGCCACGAAGACACAACCUCCAAACCUCUCUAGAUCGACGAGACCAUCGUCGCACACUUUUACUUCACUUGCCGGCCGACACGAAACCAUCCAGGCCACCGAGUCGACAGCUUGGUGGACCAGCAACGGCGCAUGUACACCAGCGCGUUUCCUCCGUUGAUUUCGACCGAGCAUUUUGUCUCUUGUCCACGAUUUUCUAAUCCCCAUGUGCGUUUUGACUACCCUGUACAAGUACUGUCUCAAAAAAAUUGUUUUGAGCGUUUUCGGCGACAGUUAUUUCAGGCAUCAACGGCGCAACCUUUAUUUUUCUUUGGGGAUUUCCAACACCAUACGACUAUCCUGUACAACUUAUACUGUAUCAAAAAGUCCUUGUAUUAUCCGGCGUUUCAACAUAGACGGGAAUUGGAUUCUGGGAGGUUAGGGCCACAAAAAAUGGACGAGGAUGUUUUUGCUGAAUAGAUCGUAUGACUCAGGUCACAUUUCUUUGGGGGAGUUAUUUGGGCUUCUGGGGUGCAUAACGAGCAAGCAGGACAGACGGCAUUGGCGGAACUAUCGUCAGUCAAAUUUCUGCCUGGUCGCAAUGAAGCAUCACAGAGAAUGGGGCCUGGAUGAUGUAGCAGGUCAUAGGCACUGCUUCGAGUCAUCAAUAGACGCCGAUGGAUAGGAAGGCUCGAUACUGUGUCACUUAGUAUGAAG